AUGGAUGUCAUAUCUCUGGAAAAGAAUAGAGAUGGACAGCCUAGGUUCCCCGGCUGUUCAAACAUCCGUGACUAUGAAUUUGUCGAUAAGCUUGGAGAAGGAACAUUCGGUGAGGUCUACAAAGCAAGGUCUAAGAAAGAUACCAAAAUUGUGGCCCUGAAAAAGAUCUUGAUGCAUCAUGAGAAAGAAGGCUUCCCCAUUACCGCCAUUCGGGAGAUCAAACUCAUGAAGGCCCUUUCACAUCCAAAUAUCCUACAACUCAAGGAGAUGGCAAUCGAGCGAGGCAAAGGCGAAGGACGGAAAAAGCCGAGCAUGUACAUGGUCUUUCCAUACAUGGAACAUGACCUGUCAGGACUCCUAGAAAAUCCGGCCGUUCAAUUCAGUGAGCCACAGAUUAAAUGUUACCUCAUGCAGCUCCUUGAAGGGCUUAAGUUUAUGCAUGCAAACCGCAUCCUACAUCGUGAUAUGAAAGCGGCGAACCUACUAAUCAGCAAUGGAGGAAUCCUUCAAAUCGCUGAUUUCGGUCUUGCUCGGCCUUACGAUGAUGCUCCUCCACAACCAGGACAAGGAGGAGGGGAAUCUCACAGAGAAUACACUGCACUUGUUGUCACAAGAUGGUACCGCCCUCCAGAGUUGUUGCUUCAGUUACGAAAAUACACUACGGCCAUUGACCUGUGGGGAGUUGGUUGUGUGUUUGGAGAGAUGUUCAAGGGGAAGCCUAUCCUCACCGGAAACAGCGAUCUCAACCAAGCAGAACUAAUCUUCAAUCUUGUGGGCACCCCAACUGAGCAGAAUAUGCCUGGGUGGAGCGAGCUCCCGGGCUGCGAAGGUGUGAAAAACUUCGGAGUCAAGCGCGGGAAUCUCGCACAAAUCUUCAAAGAUCUUAACCCCGUGGCUGUUUCCCUACUAAGCGAGUUUCUCCGACUCGACUGGAGAAAGCGCAUCAACGCCAUAGAUGCAUUGAAACACCCAUACUUCACUACUCCCCCACUCCCAGCACAACCCGGCGACAUUCCCAAGUUCGCCGAUUCCCACGAAUUCGAUCGGAAGAAGUUCCGCAGUCAGCGGCCACCUUUGCUUCCGACACCCAAAGCAAUCCUGGUCGGCAAAGCUCUAGUUCUCGCGGAUCGGACUCCCGGCACGGCCGCAUCCCCAGCGUCGCCCGUGGAGGCAGACCAAAUUUACCACCAUCCCAUGGACACCAUGGACACCACAACAAUCCCCAACGUCGCGCUCCUUUCCCGCCUACACAACGAGAUACCGGACUACCUCCACGUCCUCCCGCGCCUAACAACCCGCCAUGGGAUGGAGCGCAGUCCAACAGACCUGACGGAAGAGACGAUCGCCGAAAUCAGUUUGGCCAAGGCCGCCCAGCGGGCAGAUCAGCCGGAAACCUGGACUCGUAUGUUCCGAACUACAGCGGCAAUGACCGCAGCAACGACCGCAGUGAUCGUCCACGCGACUCUGAUUCGAAUCCGGAUUGGCGCGGAACGGGGACAAAUCGUCGUGACUACCGCCGAGAACCUCCACGGAGAAGAAGCCGCAGUCCCGGGUUCAGAGACGGCAGUCGAGGCUAAGGCUGAGAUAUCUAGUAAAAAUCUUAAUGCAUUCAACCUAGCCAGUCAAUUAUUGUGUAUGACCAAUGGAAAUGAAAAAUAA